CCUCUCACUAUAUUACUAUCUAUCCACCAGUGUCUCUCACUCUCUCUCUCCUCAUAGUAAAGUCGGUGUGUUUGUAUAAUAUGGCUGCCGACCAAAACAUCUUGUUGUACGGAAAUCUUGAUGUUGAUGGCAGGCCUAGUGUUGUCCUUCUCACUUCAUUCCAUCUCAGUUGGGAUUCCACUUCAAAAGCUGGCACUCCGGAGAGUCCAAAUGUGGAAGUCAUAUCAUCCCAGAACCGAUAUACAAUUGAACUGAAUGAAGUAAUCGGAGUAACAACAGAAAAAUAUGACAGCAGUAGCAAUGGGUUUUCAUCAAAGGAUUCGAGUACCCUUUUUGUGGAAAUGCAAACCCUUAAGCCCCAUGUAUUUUCGGUGUUUCACAUCCGUAGAAUUGGUCAUCAUAAGUGGCGCGAACGUAAAGUAACAUUUCGCUGUAGAGACAGCACAACUUGCCAAAUAUGGGUGGAAUCUAUCCGAAAAGGUUUAACCAAUCCAAAAUUCCGUCGGCCCAAGAGUCUCCUUGUCUUCAUCAAUCCUGUUGGUGGCAAGAAAAAGGGACCCAAAAUUUAUGCAGAGAAGGUGGUUCCACUGUUUGAUUUAGCUGACAUUAUCGUGCAUUCUAUCACAACAGACAGGGCAAACUAUGCCUUGGAUUACUUACAAGAAGCUGAUCUUGCCAAAUACGAUGGGAUUGUCUGUGUGGGUGGUGAUGGGAUGUUUACAGAACUUUUAAAUGGAUUGCUCAUAAGAACACUGAAAGACAAUGGGAAUGCGCAACCCUGUCGUGACACAACUCCUAUACAGCCAGACUUAAGGAUAGGCAUCAUUCCAGCAGGUUCUACAGAUACAGUUGUCUAUUCAACAGUUGGUAUCAAUGACCCUGUAACAUCAGCCUUACAUAUCAUUACCGGGGACUCCAUGAAUAUAGACUGCUGUUCUAUAUACCAAAGGGACCAGCUUGUACGCUAUAGUGUUUCAUUGGUUGGUUAUGGUUAUUAUGGUGAUGUUCUUGCAGACAGUGAAAAAUUCCGAUGGAUGGGUACCAAGCGAUAUAAUUGGUCAGGUUUCAAGAAGUUUCUAGCAAAUCAAUCCUACCUGGGAGAAGUUUCCUUUCUACCUACCACUGUUCAUGACAGUCAUCCUCGGGAUAACACUCGAUGUUUGGCAGGCUGCCAAGUAUGUGCUGCUGCUCUUGACAGACUUCACCAGUAUCCUUCAGAAAGUUCCUCUCUUGGUAAAGAAAAAUGGCACACGAUCCGCGGAGAUUUUAUUGGUGUAAAUGCCGUUACCAUGAGUUGCCGGUGUGCCAUGAGCCCAGAAGGUGUGUCUCCUGCUUGUCAUUUGGGAGAUGGAUGUACCGACCUAAUCCUAGUGAAACGUUGUUCCCGGCUAAACUACUUGCAUCAUUUAUAUCGUUGCAGAGACAGACAAUCAGACCAGUUUGACUUUGAUUUUGUUCAAGUCCAUCGAGUCAAAGAGUUUCAGUUCCGUCCACUUGAAGAUGAAUUUGAGUUAGAGGCUGGUGAAGUAAACUGUCGGCAACAACUAUUUCGGUCAAACUCCAAGUCAUCGCAUAACAGUGUCUGGAACUGUGAUGGUGAAGUCAUUGGCUCUCCAAGUGUCCAUGUCCAGGUCCAUUGUCAGCUGGUAAAAUUGUUUGCUCGUGGUAUUGAGAAGUUGGAUAAGGAACACAGUGGCUGCAUUCCAUGUCAACAGAAGGACAAAUGAAACAGUUUUUUUUUUAAUUAUUAUUAUUUUUUUUUUAAUUUAGCACUCUAAGGUUGGAUAGAUAUAUAUAUCUUUCUAUCUUAGUUCUGCUACAGUGAUAUAAAACAUGAGUAAACGGUGAAAAGUUUAUUGAAGGGACAGUUUCAUUGAAGAGGAGUGAGAAAGAGAGAAUGGAAAAGAGGAGACCAAAACAAAACAAAAAUCAUAUUACUGUGAUAUUUUUUAGUGCCCUGGACAUCUCUCCUCUACAGCUUCCUCCUUUCCACUGCUGCUCAUCCUUUUUAUUUCGGUUGUCACUUCCGAUGAACAGUUUAAAUCUGUUGAGUUACUUAACAUUUAAACCUGUUCAUAAAACAAUAGGCCAUCAACAAACAGUACUGUUGUUACUGUUCUUUUAAUGUAUUUUGUAUAUCUCAACGUAUAAUUUACCUGCUUCCCCCCACCCUCACCUGCCCAUUAAAAAAAAUUUUUUUAAGUUUGUUGCGCAUACAAUAUUUGUUCAUUGGCCUGUAACGAUUUUAGAAAUUAUCAAACAAAACAAAAUUUAAUGUCAAAUAAUAAACAAAAUAAGUUGGGUAUUUAAAAAAAAAAAAAAUUAUAACAAUGGUUAUACAGUCAUCGUUAUUACUGCAUAAUCGUUGCUGUGUGAAAAAUUUAAAGGUUUGAUGAUAACAAGAAAAUUAAAUAUAUUAAACUAAUAUAUAUAUACUACAGUGUAUGCGCAUAUAGCAUUACAUACAUGCAGUCUUAUGUGCAAAUAACCUGUGACACAAACUUGUGUGCUUUAAGGUUCAUACACGAUGCUCAUGAGUUUACAACUAUUAGAUAUUCAUAUCUCCAGGCAAAUGCAUCAAUAAAAUUGCCAAAUAGUCAUUUGUUUCUUUCUUCCUUUAUUCUCCCCUUAAUUACAUUAAUGAAUUUAUUGACUAACAUAAUUGAAGGAGAGACUUAAAAUCACCCCCUCUUUUUUAUGCUAUAUUGCUGCAAGCACAAAUCACUAAAUUAUACAUUUUAAUACAAUUUUAUUUUAUAAUUAAAAAAAAAAAAAACAUGUAGAAAAUAAAGGGGUUUUGCUUUUUAAAAAUAGUUGUUCAGUAGCUCAACCAUUUAACUCAUCUGUCUGAUUUAAGUUUUAUAGAAGAGGGUGGCUAACGAGAUAUUUUCUUUCAUGAAAUGAUUUCAUUUGCCUGCAACUUUUCCCACUUUCGAUUAUGAGCAUGCUGUAUUUUUCCUUUCUUUUAUUCUCUCUUAUUUGGUUCCAGCCAGCUAGCUGGUUGGCUGUUACUCACCUGGGGCACUGUCAUAAAAUGUAUGUAAAAGGUCUUUCUAUACCUUACCUCACACAAUAUAUUUCAUAAGGUCUGAAAUCCUUAUCUGUAUCUACUUAGUUGAGAAAACUGAAGGUGGGAGUGGGCACAGUUUGGCGUCAUACAGAAAAUUAUUUAUAGAAUUGAUCAAACUAGAAAGGCCACCACUGUCACCUUUCAGUUGUGUUAUUGUCCUUGAUCUACACAUAUUUGACUCAGUUCACUGUUGUUGUUUAGUUCCAAGUUGACCUUGAUCGAGCAGACCUAGGGUCAAAGGCAUUCCAAUCAUGGCCCUUUUUUUUUUUUAUUGUUAACCUUGGACUACUCCAUCUACUGUAUCCAAGAUGCAAGAGUGCGAUCUGAGGAAGGUUUAGCUGCUAUUUUUAGUAGGUUGAGUGAUUGCUGUGCUCUCAACAGAAGAGUGAAUGGGUAUGUAAGCUGGGAAAGGCAAGUUGUCAAAAGUUAAUCAGAUCAGACAUUUUAUGCAUAUAUCAGAAUUUAUAGAGUUAUCAAACCCAAUAUGGGUUAUAUUAUUAAAAAAAAGAAAAAAAUGUGAUAGGUAUGUGGACUUGGCUAAAAACGUGGUGCAUAUUCACAAAAAUGUUUACAAUUAGUGCUUGUUAUUUUUGUACACUAUGUCAAUGUUGGACUGGUACAAUAUCAAUAAGGAACAAAAAAAAAAAAAGAAUGAAUGAAUGAUAUAUGCAUGUUGAGUGGAACAUUAAUCACACCCAAUCUUCAUGCAUGGUGAAUAAUGAACAAGUAGUAGAACCAAUAUAAAGAAGUUAGCAGAUUUGUGUUUUUUUUGUCAGCAAUAUAUUCAAACAUUUCAUCAGAUGGCUUACAUAGUUUUUUUUUCUCUCUAAAUAAUGGAGAAAACAUUAAUUUUUACAAACUGGGUUUUUUUUUUUUUUAAUCUAAUUUUAUGGCCAGUUGUUAAAUGAAGGGUUUAUUUCAUAAUUAGAUGUUGACAAAAUUCCUAGCAUAAGUUUUGUAUUCCAUUAUCUAUCAUUGAAAUCUAUUAACAUGUUAAAAUGAAAAAAAAAAAAAAUCAAUAACAAUCAGUUAUAAAAUAGCACUCACAUAUCACAUUCUGUCCCCACCACCCUUGACUUAGACUGUGGGUGGCAAGGAUGGAUAACAAUAUUGUAAACAAAUAUUCCCAAUCCACUAUUUAUUUUCCUCCACAAAGACACUAGCAGAUCUUCAUACGUUCUCCAGGCAACUUGUAUACUGCUGUCUGUCUUUCAUAGACUUCAUAAUUAUUUGUUUCAUUUUUAUUUCCAAACAUUAUUUUUUGUUUCUUGUUAUGACUUGUUUUCUCAUCUGUGACUAUGAAACAAUGACAUACACUUGAAAAAUAUUGAAGAUAAACCAGAUGUUUAGACAUUUAAUGGUAAUAGCAACAAGGACUUUAAUAAAACAAUAUAUCAGUUCUUA